AGAAGGAAGCGGCGCCGCCGCCGCCGCGAGAGGGGGAAGGCCGGAAGGGGCAGUGCGCCUAGAUCACAGGCCGCAAAACUGCCUUCCGUAAACAAUCGACAUUUCCAGGCGCGGUCCCCACGACUCGUCCCCUCGUCCUUCCUUUUUCCUCGGUUCCCAUCUGCUUUCUCCCUCAUAUAUUCUGCUUUCCCCAAAAUCUAAAUAAAAUCCCCACCCAGAAACCCACGGAGGAGACAAGCGUAGCCAGAGCAGCAAACCACCCCCCUUCCUCGCCCGUUCGCUUCCUCAUGGAGCCGCUGCCGUCGGCGACGGCCGCCGGCGUGGGGGGGCCUGGGCCCGGGUACCCCGAGUCCACGGAGUCUUCUCCACGCAGCCGGGGUGGGGAUUCGUGGGACGAGCCUUUCCCGUCCUCCGCGGCGGCGGCGGCCGCUGCUGCCGGCGGUGGGGGCCGGCUCCGCCUGAUGUGCAGCUUCGGGGGACGGAUCGUCCCGCGCCCGACCGAUAAGUCGCUCUGCUACCUUGGCGGGGAGACCAGGAUCGUGGCCGUGGACCGGCACGCUUCGCUCGCCGAUGUCCACGCGCGCCUCUCGCGGUCGCUGCUGGGCGGCCGCCCCUUCACGCUCAAGUAUCAGCUACCCAACGAGGACCUGGACUCCCUCAUCUCCGUCUCUACGGACGAGGACCUCGACAACCUCGUCGACGAGUACGACCGCAUCGCUGCGACCUCCUCCGGCGGAGGAACCUCGCGCACCUCCCGGAUCCGCCUCUUCCUCUUCCCCGCCAAGCCCGAGUCCUCGUCCUCGCUCGGCUCCCUGCUCGACGACUCUUCAAAGUCCGAGAACUGGUUCGUCGACGCCCUCAACAGCGCCAUCUCCGGCUCCCUCGACGGUAUCCCGAGGGGAAUCUCCACCGAUUCAGCCUCCGUCAACUGCCUUCUCGGCCUCGAGGACGACUCCUCCGUGCACUCCCGUAGCGGAGUAACCAACUCGGCUCCCACGGAGGACCAGCGCGCCAGCCAGCCGAAGCUCCAGGCGGGCGCCGCCGCUGCCGCCGUCGGUACCGGGAGGCACCCGCACGACGUCCAGUCCGUGCCAGACUCGCCGAUGCUGGAUAAGAACUCCUCGUUCGGGUCUACCUCCUCGGCCCCGUCGCUAUCGAAUCUUCCGCCUAUACGCGUGCGGCCGGAGGACCGCCCGUCGGACGCCCGCAUCAUGCAACCUACCGCCGUCGAGGACCACUUCGCGCAGAUGGGAAUCUCCGAGCAGCAGCUGCCCAUGUAUAUACAAGCUCAACAGCAGGUGCCGAUCCCUGCUAUGACCGGCAUGUCGCCAUCUGAGGCGUCCAGCCGAAUGUUCUCUGACGAUGAUAAGUCCGAUCACGGUGGUGGCGGAGGUCGGAAACCACAACCUCCCAAGCAGGACGUUCCGCCGGUUGUUGAUCCCACCAAUAGAGCUGUGUACUAUAAUGAUAGAUCUCCUCCGGCUGAAUUGAAGCGAGACAUGCCGGUGGGAACUGAAGCUGCCAGCUACCGCCUCCCCGUUUCAGCUCCGGACGCUGCUGCGGCAGCUGCAGCCACCGCCGCGACACAGGCCCCUCCUGGAUAUGUGCUUGCCCAGAUGCAUGCGCCUCCGCCACCGCAGCAACCUCCACCACAGCAGCAACCACAACAGCCAGCUCCUCAGCAGAUUGUUGCUGCUGGGAAUCAACAUUUCAUCCACAACCCUGCCACUGGCACCUUUAUUCCAAUCCAGUCCUAUUACCACCAUCCUGUCCAUCAGCAGGCACCCCAGACCAUGCAAAGGCAGCAACAGGCACCUACGUUCGACCCAAAUACAGGGAUGUAUUAUGUUCCUAUGCAGCAGAACGCACAUCAGGCAUAUGGCGUGCCUCCUGGUGCACAAGUCACUUUGCCACCUCCGACCCUUGUUGACACAACGCCAAAGCCAACCGUGCCAAUUCCUCAGAUGGCAGUAAGGCCUGAAUUGCAACAACCUGGUGUCUACCGAACAACAGCUGCGGCUACCCCUGCUCCAGCGCCUAAUGCAGCACCUGGAUAUGCUGGGAUGGCCUACCACCAUGUCAUCCAAUCCCACCACCACCACCACCCUGCGCCGCAGCCUGUAGCAAACAUGGCUGGCAACUACGGGUAUGAGUUUGCUGAUCCUACGCGCCCGCAAGUCUACUACUCACAGGCAGCUGCACCUCCAACAUUGCCACAGUAUCCGCCCAUUGUCUCUCCUGAUGCUGGCCAGGCUGAAAAACAUUAAGCAGACUGAGCAUUGGUGAAUUCAGGUAUGCCUCAAAUUCUAGAGGCCUUGUUAUCCGUCUGUUACUUAUCAUUAUUGUUGCUACCGCAUGUUACAUGAAUCCGCGUCAAAGAGUGAAGAUGUUGCUAUUAGGCAACUGUGCAUUUGCAUUGGGAUCAAAACAAGCAUGCAUCAUCCAAGGAUAGGUUCAACAUAAGGUUUUUAUUGGAUGGUUCUUGUGUUGGUGAGAGACAGAAGGGUGCCGGAUUAGUUUGGGGGAGUGAAGUGUUGGAUCCCUGUUCCAAAUUGGUCUCUUUUUUUUUCCCUUUCUUCUUAUUUUGAAUAAAAUAUAGUGUCCAAAAGAACCUGGUGGUAACGAAGAACUCAUCAUCAUCAUCAUCAUUUGUGUAGCCCUCUGUAUAUUUGAUCUCAUGGAUGUCAUUCAGGUUGAGGUGCAGAUAAGUGUGUUAUUAGCUUGCUUGUAGAAACCUUAUGCGAGUUAAAUAUAUAUAUACAUCGGUCCCGUAUUGUACUUUGAUAUUGAUGUUGGUAUGUUUCUUUUUGUUGAA